ACGGGCGCUUAUCGUAAGGCACGUUGUUGUUUGACCUCUCUGGCCACAGAGGGCGCUCUAUUCAAACACGCGUUUCAACUUCGGACACAACACGACUGUCGUAAACAGCUGAGAAACAGAACCUCUGCGUACUAAAACAAAAAGUCUUACCGAGUUUUUUUUUAAAUAGAAGCUGAGUUUUGGUCGCACACAUGACCAAACGCAGAGCUGAAAACGCUUUGCAUCCCGACAUCCCUCAUAAAAGAUGUUUUCGCUCUCUUUCCGACAACGACAAACCGGUCGGAGGCGUGAACGUGAUCCAAAACGCAACUCCGUCGUCGUUGUUAACGAAGACUGAACAACGCUACCGGAAAAGACCGAGCUAUGUCGAAGAUUCGCUGGAUGCGCAUAACCUACCGAGAAAGGUCCCCGCAAACGGGUUUAAUUCAGUGCUGGCAGACGGGACCGCGUGCGAGUCCAGAACAUUCGAGGAUGAUGAUGAUGCUGGUAGACCUGUUACGCGACGCUCGUCUCGCGCGCUUCAGACGCAAUCAGAUAAACAGGCAGGCGAAGAAAAUAACAUCGCGAAGGGAGACAAGGCGAUGCACACAGACGAGGACCUCUCUCCAUUCAAUUCCUUCCAGUUCUGGCGGGUUCCACUGCCCGAGUUGGAUCUCUCUCUCCUGGAGACCGAUUCCUCAUCUGGUUCCCAUGUAGCCUCUUCCACCAAAGACUUGGAGGCGAUGGAAACAUGAGGAGAUCCCCAAUGCACAGUGACGUUCUUAAAAUGUUGACUAGGUAUCGCCAAAUUACCUGACUGGAUAUGACAAGGCGAUUUCCCCCUGGUCUGCACUAACUGAACAUAUAAACAAAGCCUUGUGCUGUGAACAGCAUGGAGGCCUCCAACAGAAGCUUCCGUUCUGGUAGAAACACAUGAUGGUCACGUGACCUCAUAUUCCUGUCCUGUCGGUCAAGUGUUCAUAAGUGUGAAAGCACAGUGAACUAAUCAUGUGUAUUUUGUUUUUGUUUUUUUUCAGUAUAGCUGUGAAAGCAAGUAUAUGUUAUUUGCUUGCACUGAGUCUGAUUUUUAAUGUUAAUGGUGUUCAGUAGGUAUUAGACACUUUUAUUCUUUAGGUGUUUAGUUUUUGUCAACUUUAGGGCUUUGUUCUUUUUCUCUGAACAACAUAAUUAUUUUGACAGUUUGUGAUAACAGUACGUGGUACUUCUGAUCUUAGUAGAUACAGCAAGUGCUUUGAAUGUUCCUGUGGCAGAAUCGCAGUGUUUUUGAAAUUGCACAACAACAAUAAAAUGUAUUUUUAUAUUGCGAUUGGCUCGCAGUAUCAUUGCA